CUGCUGAGUACCACGCUGUCCGGAACGAGCAUUACGUUUCGUGUUUUCUAUGCGUCCUCAACUUCUCACUCAAGAUUUUCGUUGAGUUGAAAUUCAAAGUCGCUGUUGACGGUACAACACCACUUUAUUGAGCGUGUAGUUGUCAUUUCUCAAAUUGAAAACUUGCGGGACGUUGGUCGGUUUCUUUUCAAGCAUGUCUCGAGGCGGAAGACCGUCAGCUAGUGAUGGGGGUGGUUUGGUGCAAGUGUUACCUCUCCAAUACAUCCACAUAUUGGAUAGGACAACAAACGUAUCGUAUGUUGAAGAAGGUCCACAGACUAUAAUUCUUCAAGCUCACCAGGAGCUCGUUGUGCCACCUGCACCAUUUGUGGUUGUGCCACCUGGUCAUUACUGCCGAAUCAUCGACCCAGUGGAUCGCAGUAAAUAUGAGAAGGGAAAGCCAUGCACCGUCAAGUUUGGCGAAGUCGAAAUCCGCUUCCACUCUGAGCCUUUCUCCCUGUACCCGGGUGAACAACUUGGCAAUGCUACUCCCCAUGACUACAAGAGUGCUAUUAAGGCAUUGCCAAUAGUCAAGGCUAACCAAGCUAUCGUCCUGGAGGCGUCGAUUGAUCACACGGAUGACACUGGCGCCAAGCGUGUGACGGGAGAGAAGUGGCAGUUGCCUGGACCGAGAACGCACAAGCCAACUGCACACACGAUCAACAAAGGCAUUGUCGACGCUCAAGUCAUUUUGCCUGGUCAUGCUCUUCAUCUGAGAGCCAAUCAAGACUUUACAGACGUCGAUGACGUUGAACACGUGACAGGUGAGGAGUGGCUGGUGAAGAAGGAAGGUGCCUAUCUUCCUCAUGUACAUGCUAAAGUUGUGCAAAUGGUCUCACCGUACGUCCUGAUUGACACGGUUGCACUGUACAUCCAUGCCAAGAGACAGCUGAAGGAUGCACUUGGCAAUGACCGGUGUGCUGGUGAGCUGUACAUGGUCACAAACAAGGACACAGAUUACUAUGUACCUGGAGUCAGCGAGGAAGUGAUAAAGUCUGUGAAGAAGACUGUCUUGACAUCCAAGCAGUACUGCGUUGUCAUGGACCCUGUCGGCGAGGACGGUCACAAUCAGCUAGGCCAGCGAGAGCUGCGUACCGGGCCAAGCUCUUUCUUCCUGCGACCAGGUGAGCAUGUCAACAAGAUUGAAGCGGUUCACAUUAUGGGAGAUGACGAGGCACUGCUGCUGCGUGCUAUGGAGGAAUUCACUGACGGUGAGGGAGACGAUGCCAAGAAGCGUAGUCCUGGUGACAUCUGGAUGAUUCGUGGACCAUGUGACUUCACCCCCUGUAUCCAAGUCAGCAUUGUCGAAAAAAGGAAAGCCAUUCCUCUCGGCAAGAAUGAGGGUAUUUACGUGCGAGAGACUCAGUCUGGAAAGGUGCGCACUGUGCUUGGCCCACAAUCAUAUCUACUGACUGCAACAGAGCAGCUCAUUCCGAAGACUCUACCUACAGAAGUUGAGGCUAUGCUGAAGUCUGGCGGUGGUCUUGGUGAUGAGAGCAUUCGCAAGGUGGCGUAUUUCGAGACAUCUGUUGACCCAGCACUGCUAAUGGGACCGCGUGAUCCUUCUCGUCUAGUGACGUACAGAUGUCCGCACAACACAGCUGUGCAGGUCUAUGACUACCAGCGCCAGAGAGCCCGUGUCGUCUUUGGACCUGAUCUGGCCACCCUUGGCUAUCAUGAGAAUUUCAAUGUGCUGUCACUGAGUGCUGGCAAACCAAAGAAAGAAGGUGCACUCAAGUCGUUGGCAUUGAUGCUUGGACCUGAUUUCACUACCGAUAUCAUUGAGGUGGAGACGUCUGACCACGCACGACUCAGCGUCAAGCUGGCGUUCAACAACCACUUUGAGGUGGAGCGUGGAAACGCUGAGUGUGAAGCGAAAAUCUUCGCAGUGCCUGAUUUCAUUGGAUUCGCCUGUCGACAAGUUGCUAGCCGUAUUCGUGGCGCUGUGGCGCAGAUUUCGUUUGACGAGUUUCAUCGCAACUCACAGCGGAUUAUUCGCACAGCUGUGCUGGGAGUGAACGAGGAUGGCAAGAUCAAGUCGUGCCUAAAGUUUGAUGCUAACAAUCUGGUGAUCACCGGUAUUGACAUUCAGAGUAUUGAACCAUCAGAUGCUCGGAUGCGUGACAGCCUGACCAAGUCUGUGCAGAUGGCCAUUGAGAUAUCUACAAAUUCCAUUGAGCGGUCGGCUCAGCACGAUGCAGCACGUCUCGACCAAGUAGCACGCGGUCAUCUGGAACGUCAGAAUCUUCAGAAUGAAAAGCUGGCUGAGGAGGCUCGCAUGAAGCUCUUCGAAUUGCAGGCAGAAUCUGCCGCUGUCGAGUCUUCGGGUCAGGCAAAGGCUGAGGCGUCUGCUCAAGCUGAGAAGUUGCUGAUUGAAGGACAAGCUGAUAUUGCUGCGGCUCAACUGCGAGCUCAAGCAGCGGAGAUUGAGCAUGCUGCAGCGCUAGAAUCCCGUGUUAAGGCUCAAGAAGCAGAAAUCCUCUACCAGAAGUCGCUGGACCAAAUUCAGAUCAAUAGAGCAAAGGAGCAGAUGUCCAUUGAGGUAUCUCGAUUCGCUCAGACGGUGGGUGCUCUGGACGGAGAGACCAUGGCUGCCAUUGCUACUGCACCUCCCGCGGAGAAGCGACGGCUGAUCAAGGCAAUUGGUUUGAACCCGGAAUAUGUCCCUAGUGGCGACAAUCCAAUGGCCAUGUUCAACUUUGAUGGUUCCUCAUUGAAGAGUGCAGGCAGUCGGGGCAGUAUUAGUAGCUCGCGUUCCUCGCUGUUCUAACACUGCUGUGAGUGCUACAAUGACAUGACAGCUUCACAUCAGUAUUUUUUUCUUCUUUUUUUGCCCAUUGUCUACAUCAUCCAGUGAGUUGCAUGAGUACAUUGUACCUCACACUGUGAUGUGAUUACUAAUGUGUUGUUAUGUGAUGACAUCAUGUCACCAUGUGAUUACAUCAUAUCAUUGUGCGGUUGCAUCAUCCCAUUUUCAGCAUUGAUUUCGUAAUGAUGCUGUCGUUACGGGAGGACAUGCCCUGAUGGCUUGUUACUGUUCUUUUCGUGAAAUAUCUCAGGAACUAGUUUCCUUUCCGAUUAUGAGCCACAUUCUAGUUCUAGCCGGCUAGAAUUAGAAUAGAUGGUAUUUCAAAUGAUUAUGUUAGUCUCUCUCCUACUCUUUUGCGCUCAAUUUUACUCUGUUUUAGUACAUGCUCCUUGCUUGGGUUCGAAAUAAUUCUGUCCAAAGAAAACCUACGCUCAUGAAAAUUAGGAUUCAUUUUCCUGGCUUGGCACAGCCUUCUUUCACUGUUUUCUCUAGAAAUCAUGCUGUAACUGCUUCCUCUCGAUCUUGUCAAA